AUGGACAAACUCUCCGGUCUCGCCUCCAAGCUCGGCGGCAGCAAAGGCUCCAGCGAGCAAUCCGGCAGCAGCGGCAGCGGCAGCGGUGGCGGCUCCGGCCAGAAGGAUUACCUCGACAAGGCCCUUGACGCAGCAGAGCGCAAGUUUGGCGGUGGCAAGGUCGACCCUGAAAAGAUGCGCGGAACAAACGAGAAGAUCACCGACGGUGCGCGUGAGCAGUUUGAGAAAUUCACUGGAAAGAAAGUGCCCGAAAAGUUCUCCAACUAG